UUGAGCCGAAGCCACGAAAUGGACACAAGCAUAAAAGAAAGAAUUACUGACCGGAAAUGGCAAGUUGAUGCAAAAGAAGCUGAUAUCCAGAAUUGUGUCUCAGGCGUUGCUCCAAGAUUUGAAAUAAGUGUGUGUCAUUUAAUCGCUGCAUGGACUAGAGAGCUCAAAAUCGACACAUGCACCAUUUGCCGGAACAACAUCAAUGAUUACUGCAUUUCAUGUGAGGCUGAGGAUGAACUGGUAGGGGUCAAGUGCUUGGUCGCCGUCGGUCACUGCCAACAUGCCUUCCAUUUUCACUGCAUCACGAGGUGGAUCGUUAAAUUCCGCGUGUGUCCCUUGGACGCCAAAAGAUGGGGCUUUGCGAAGAUUGGCAAGUGAUUUUAGUACUUGGACCAUGAUUCAAACAAAUGUACAUUUUAGAAGCUUAUACGCGUAUACAAAUAAAACAAGCAAGAUAUAAAUUCGUCAUAUUCGCAUUGCUUUAUUUCACAACUCUACACGAGUAUUAUUAUUGUCGAAUUCACAUAUCAAAUUCGAUGCGUACAAAAUAUCCGUGUGUGGACGGUGCGUUUGUUUCCGUUCAAUAUAUCGAAAGGCACUGCUUUCAAAAAUUUAGUUUUAGACCCUGAGGAGAUCCCGUCCGCUCAGGUCCCAGCAAUAAGAUAUAUAUAUAUAUAUCACAAAUCAGUACGUUGAUAAACUGCGAAAAAAAUUCGAAUAUCAGCGUAGAUCGUCGAUUCCAAAAGUCCUAUCUAUUCGUCCAACACAAACGCAGGUUCAUCUUCCUUUCUGCCAGGGCAAAUAUUUUGGAGACAAACCCCUGGCAGAGGAGGAUCAAAAUGUCUUAUGUACACAGAUCUUCCUUCCGGCUUGAACAAAAAAUUCGUCGUCGCUUAA